AGGACGUUUGCGCCGCUCUGGGAGGUUUUCCGCAUCUCCUCGGACAAGCUGGCCCUGUGCCACCUGGAGCUGAUGAAGAAGCUGCACGACCUCAUCAAGGAGAUCUCGCGCUACGGCGAGGAGCAGGGCCGGGUCCACAAGAAGCGCUUCCAAGAGGUGGAAGAAGCCCACCUGCGCCACAUGAAAGGUCUCAUCGGCUCCUACUCACACUCUGUGGAGGACACCCACGUCCAGAUUGGGCAGGUGCAUGAGGAAUUCAAGCAAAACGUGGAGAACAUCGGCACUGAGAUGUUGCUGAGGAGAUUUGCUGAGAGCAAGGGCACAGGGCGAGAGCGACCAGGAGCCCUGGAUUUUGACGAGUACCGGUUGGCCCCAGCGCAGGAAGGACCCAAGAGGAGCCGCAGCAAAGCUUUCCGGAUCCCCGGGUUGGGCCGGAAGGAGAGGGAUCGCGAUGCUGGCAUCUCCCUGCAGGGCUGCCCGGAGGUGGAUGAGGACGGGUUCACUGUGCGCCCCGACGUCGCCCACAGUAUCCUUGCAGGACCCCCCGGCUGCUCCUCCAGCGACUCCGACUACGACGAGGAUGAGCCCCGCAAGUUUUACGUCCACAUCAAACCGGUGCAGCCCCGGGAAGCAGGGGGCAGCACCGAGGCCACCGUGGAGCAGCUCAAGGCCACCGUGGGAAACCUCAUCCUGCCCCCCAGCAUCGGGGGCACGGUCAAGAGACACUCGUCCCGGCAUGUGGCAUCUGUGCCCCCUGCCCCGAGUGACACAGACCCUGAGGGGACGCUGGCAGCAGGUGACGGUGCAGGGAGGGGGUGUCUGGCAGCACAGGUGAACAGUGACCCAUCCCAGAGUGACCCCAGCACCAGGGACUUCUGGCUGAACAUGGCAGCGCUGACCGGGCACCUGCAGAAACAGGCGGAGCAGAGCCCGGCCGCCUCCUACUACAACGUAGCUCUGCUCAAGUACCAAUUCUCCCGGCUGGGCCCGGUCAGUGUCCAGUACGGGUACAACGCGGGUGCCCUGGCCCUGCCCGUGCCCCUCGCCAACGUCCACGUCCUCCUGCCCAUGGACGAGCCCAUCACCAACCUGCGGCUCCAGCCCACAGCCAGCUGGAACCUGGAGGAGAAGAGGCUGCUCUGGAAGCUGCUGGAUGUCCCCGGUGCCCCAGGGCAGGGAGGCUGUGGCCGGCUCUCGGCCAGCUGGGAGCCCCUCUGUGGGCCCAGCAAGCCCAGCCCAGUGGCAGCCCAGUUCAGCAGUGAGGGCAGCACACUGUCGGGUGUGGAGGUGGAGCUGGCGAGCGCCGGGUACCGCAUGUCGCUGGUCAAGAAGAGGUUUGCUACAGGCAUCUACCUGGCAGGGUCCUGA